UGAAAGAGCUGAUCCCAGUUACUGUAAAGAUCGAAUUACAGAAGGUGCCAAUAUUAACAAGUCACUCGUAACACUUGGAAUUGUCAUCUCCACCUUAGCACAAAAUUCCCAGAUGUUCAGCAGCUGCCAGAGCAUCAACACCCUAACGAGCGAGGGGGAGAUCACCCAUGCAGGCAGCCCCUCCGCAGGCAGCCUCAGUGGGGGCCGGCGACCGGCCUACAUCCCCUACCGGGACUCCAUCCUCACCUGGCUGCUCAAGGACAGUCUAGGAGGCAACUCCAAGACCAUUAUGAUUGCCACUUUUUUUGCCAGCUCCAGCUAUAAUGAGACCAUGAGUACCUUAAGAUAUGCAUCUAAUGCCAAAAAUAUAAUUAAUAAGCCUAGAGUGAAUGAGGACGCGAAUGUAAAACUGAUCAGAGAACUGCGCGAAGAAAUCGACAGAUUAAAAACGAUGCUGCUGAGCUUUGAGCUGAGGAAUUCCAGUCCUUCCUGGAGCGAUGACAGAGACGGAAAUCUGACUGAGUUGGUUCUUCAGAAUGAAAUGAAGAUUGAGCAACUGACCAAAGACUGGACGAAUAAGUGGACAGACAGGAAAACCAUCAUGGAAGAAUACAGUGUGGACAUCAACAAAGAAAAAGUUGGAGUAACCAUAGAUUCAAGUUUACCUCAUCUAAUGGCAAUGGAUGAUGAUAUCCUCAGUACAGGAGUGGUGUUUUAUCAUCUCAGGGAAGGAACAACCAAAAUUGGAAGAAGUGAUUCAGAUCAGGAUCAAGACAUUGUUUUGCAGGGGCAGUGGAUUGAGAGGGACCACUGCACGAUAGACAACAACUGUGGGGUUGUGACUUUGCGACCGGUUCAGGGCGCGCGCUGCACUGUGAAUGGAUGCGAAGUCACGGGAUCGUGCCGGUUGUCGCAAGGGGCCCUUGUUGUCCUUGGCAAGGCUCAUAAAUUUAGAUUCAACCACCCAGCAGAAGCUGCCAUCUUAAGACAAAGGAGAUCAGUUACGGAGCCCCUAGCAGGUCUGAGCUGUGGAACUUUGGACUGGCUCAACUUGGAUGGAAACUUCACCCCUUCUCCUCACUAUAGCCCUUCUCUUCUUCAAAAUCAAAAAUGUACAAACCAUGAAGGAAACAAACAUUCUGCUGAAAUAAGCAGGGAGAUAGAUGCUGUGCAUGAAGAGUACCAGCAGAAGCUGAGAGAGCAAGAAGCUUUCCACAGGAAACAAAUUCAGCGGCAGCAGCUCUACGUGGAGGAGUUGAAGCAGCAGAUCCUCGCAGGACAGAUCAAAGCAGAGCAGGAACUAGAAAACGACCAAGCACUAAUCAACCAGCAGAUCCAAGAAAACCAGCAGUGGCUCCUUGACGAGAACAGCCGCCUGGCUGCCCUGCAGCAGCAGCAGCAGCAGCGGGAGUUUGCUGUGCAAACAGACCCCGAGGCACAGAGUGCAGCGCGCCUGGAAAUCUGCCCCUCCCUGCUAGAGCAGAGCCAGAAGAGAGUGGUGCAGCUGGAGCUCUUGCGAAGAUACUCCUUGAAGAAGGCAGAAAGAAGCAUACGACGGAAAAAGGUCAAGUUCCAGCUGGAAAGGAUAGUCAAGAAGCAGAAGUUACUGGAGGCUAAGCAGAACCUAGAGCAGUUGGAGGCCAGCUGCUGGCUCAGCGAAGACAGUGUGAAACAGUCCCAGGGCCUGAGCCAAUGUAUUGCAGUAGCCCCUUGGGAUCAUCAGCUGGGAAAGCACAGGAAGUCACAGGGUUCAAGUUCCUUGCCACAGAGGCGGCAUUCGCUCUGUAACCUCCAGCUGCCCUGUGUACCCAGCUGUUUGUUGAAGAGGGGAGCUGUCUCAGAGUUACCUACCUCAGCACAUACUGAUCAAUGCUGUGAAGGCAGUCCGUCAGGGACGCUGUCAUGUGUAAAAUACGUUUGCAGAAAAGAUAAAGACGUUUCCGGAAGAGAUGACCUUAAUGAUGAGAAAGGUAUCUCCUUUCCAGUCCAGAGGCAGCUAAGUGAAAAACAAAAGACAUCCUCAUUUGGAAACAGAAGAGGAACUGAUAAGGUCUCUAAUGAUACAGCUGUCAUGGCUCAUAUUAACAAAAUUGAUCAAAAAAUGCAAAAGUUGGAUGACAGCCCAGGGGGAACUGGAUCUCAAAACCUGCUCUCUAAAAGUUGCUCCCCUGAUCAUUUUAAAGAGAAAGAUGAACCUGAAACCUUCAUUUCAGGAACAAGAAUGACAAAAGCAAAGGUGUUGGGAGAUUUAAGUCAGCCUGUAAGCAGAUGCCUAGAACAAAAGAGAGCUCAGGUAUCCGAUAAAAAGAAUACAGUGGAUAACAGUGCAAAAGGGUGUGUUUCACCAUCAGAAAACCUUCCUAAAGAAAUGGAGAAAACAGAGGUGUAUGGAAAGCUGCUGUCAGCACACCUAAACCAAACAGCAAAGAGUUUGAAGAGAGCGCCAAACUCAGGCUUGCCAAGUUGUGAGAAACGGCAAGAAUUUCUGAUGGCAGCAGCAUCAGUUGGAAAUCUCACCAAGAUAAACACACAGGCACCACUUUGUUAUGUUGAAAAAAAAUGGCACAGUGCCGAGAUGUUGAGUGCUGGAGUGUCCAAGGCGGUGGCAGAUGUGCUAGCCAACUGGCAGGAGAAUGAUGAAAAUGAGAUCUCUGAUACUGACAGUUCCUACUCUGUAGAUUCUCUCUCCUGUGCUUAUGCAAAAGCCUUCACAGAGAAACUGAAACAGGAAGAUUUUGACAGGAAUAAAUGUCUCACCAAUCCAGAAGAUUCCGAGAGUGAUGACAGUCAAAUGUCCCAAGAUUCUCUGGUGGAAAAGGAACAUAAAGCCAAAAAGCAAAAUAAAAGCCGAUUUCACAAGUUGAAGACCCGCAAUGAGACAGCUAAACUUUACCAAAGCAGACCUGAUCAUCACAUUUCAUCUUUGGUGACCUCAUGUGCAUCACGCAGGAGAUUGGGAAAAGCUGAGAGAAGUUUUUCUCUGGACAGCCUGGCUGAUGGAGAAGAGCUGAUAGAGGAAUCCAAAUCUGAUUCGUCUGAUGAAGUACCAGCAGAGAUUUUUUGGAAGUUACAGUUUCCUGGGCCACCAGCUCUACACACUGAGGGAGACCGUGAACUCGAGACCUGUGACAGAGAUACAGAAGGACCAAAUUGUGAUCUGAAGCUGAGCAGUUCCUUUUAUUUGGAUGCUGAGGCACAGCCUGCUUCCAGUAAUGCCUUCAAGCAGUUGCCAAAGGACACAAAGGUCUCUCUUGUAGAACAAGAAAGGUCUCUUGAUAAGAGGUUGUACUACACAAGUGGAAAUCCAUUGCUUACUACUGAUGCUUGGCCUUCAUGUGACUCGAAGGGUAAAAUCAGCAGCCCCAGAAUAACAGUACCUUCUUCCCAUGAAAGUCUGGAAUUUCAAGAUGCUCGUCUGUGCUCAGUGGGCAAACCACAGGGUUGGUUGAAGAAGGAUGAUCUGAAGCAAUCAGCUGCUGAAGUAUCUUUUGUUUCUGGCUCAAAGCAGAUAAACAGAAUUACUCAUUUAAACUCAGUGUUCUCCUCUGUCACAUCAGAAGUACCUUUACCUGAAACUGAAAAAACAGCAGAUGUGACCAGAGUUUCUGAAAAUGGAACGUUAAAUAGGACUCUUAAAGGAUGGACAAAUUCUGAAAAGAAUGUUUUCCUGGGAUCUCCAGAUGUAAUAUCCUCAUUUGUUAGUUCAGUAGAACCAGGUUCCUCUUUUCUUCCUAUUUCAGCAAAACAUGAUUAUUGUGAACGAUCAAGGCCAGCUGUUCAUCCUGAACAUGAACAACUCAAUGCAUUGCCUACUCACAGAUCUACCACUGAAUGCGUGCAAACAUUUACCUGCUUGGAAAGCACCUCCACGGCAGGCUGUUUGUUACCUGUGUCUGGAAAAGAAGAUUCCCUCCCCACAACUCACCUGGAGCUGCACCGAGAUGAUGAUCUGAGCAAAGCCUCUUUUAUGUCUGUGUUGCCUGUUCACAUUUUUGAGCAGAGAAGUUGCUGUGUAAAUGCAGAUUUGGAAGAUGAUUCCUUUGGAACUAUUGAAAAAGAUGACCUAGAUGAUGACUGUGGUAACUUGAUGGCAGAAUCAAAGACGACAGACACCAGAAGUGCACCGACCUGUGCCCCCGCCGCUGGAUCUUCCACAGAACUUGCUCUUAAUGUGGCCUCACCACAGCCAUCUGCAAUAAAACAAGUAAAAUUUGGAAACCAUGAGCAGCUCUUUCCAAGAAGAGAAACACCACCAUGUUGUGAUGAAGGCUUCUUUCUCAGUGACACAAGAAACAAGACAUGCUAUCCAGUAAGCAGUUGCAUGAUCCCAACAGUCCUUGGACAAGGAGCAGACUCAGCUGUUGCAGUCGGUCUCCUCAGAUCUGAGGAGAGCACUCUGGAAACAGUGCAAGAUAUGGACUGUGAACAAAUGUCUGCAGAAGAAAUAACAGCAGACACAGACUUUUCUUCAGAGGAAGUAACAUACCAAUGCAACCCUUCAGUUUUUGCUCGCAGUGCAAGUUAUGACCAAUCUGCAACACCAAUAGCGAUAUCUCAAAAAGAGAUAAUCUGCAUGAAAACAAGCACAGACAGCUUGGCAGAGAUUGUCUCAGAGAUGCCUUUGUUCAGAGACAGCGAAGAAUACAAAGCAAGGGAUGAAGACUUGUCUUCAUUAAAUUGUUAUGAAUUUAAAAGCAAAGUUGUUUUAGAGAAUUAUUCCCAUGAAUGUUCACUAACAGACAGUCCUACAAGUUGCUUAUCCCAGCGUCUUUCAGAAGAUUCUUCACUGUGUCCUGAUAUCAUACAAGAAGAAAGCAGUGAAAGUAAAGAACAGAGUAUCCUGAGUUCUCAGCCUGUAGUUCAGGAAGAACUUUCAUCCAAAUAUAAAAACCUGGUGGCAAAUGAAGUUAGCUACCUCACGGUGAGCACAAGCGGGGAAGGCACUGGGGCCUUCCCUACCGCUCUUUGUGAAAGUACAAAUAAUUUGCACCCAGAACCCAAUUCAGGCAUGUUAUACCAAACAUCAGGGAAUGCUAAACUUCCUCAAAGUGCUUCUGAGACUGAAAAAUAUGAUCAACUAUUGGAGCACAUCACAAUAGUGAAAGGAAAUUGUAAUGACAGAUCUAAUAUGCCUAUGGAAGUUGGUGUCCCAGAAAGUUGUUCUGGGGUACAGUCUAACUGCCUUUGCACAACAUGCUGCUCAAAAUCAACAGGGAGGAACAACAAUGUGCCUAAAACUGAUGUUUCUCUGGAAUUUAAUGCAACUGGUCUGCUGGAAACAGAAGUUCAGAGCAAACCUUUACUUGAAUCAGGAGAUCGUGCAGAGAAUAUUUUGCUUGUUGCAGAAUGUGCAAGCUCAGAGUUGGGAAGAGUAUUUGCAUACAAUACAAACACAUUAGCUACUGUUUUCCAAGAGGAGAGUCCUUAUAUGAAUGAAGAAUCCAAGUUUUUAAAUGAUGCAGAAGAAACGAUGGUUUCUUACCAGAAUACAAAAGAAGAAAUGACCAAGUUGAUCAAUGCUGUAAUCAAAUUAGAAGAAAAUACAUUGGAAAGUAAAUUCGGACAGAUUGAAAGUUUAAAUGACUACCCAGUAGUCAAAGUCCAAAAUGAAACUGAGGAUAGUAGAGAGCAUUUUAAAGGCAGCCUAUCUCAGAAUUCGAAGAAACCUCCUGAUACUGUAGCUUGUGAAGGUCAGGGUGAGUUUCAUACAAACCUGUGCCUGACAGCAGCACAUGAAGAGGCAGAGAAAGAAGAAGCCAAGGUAGCAAGCGCUGGCGUAGAGCAGCACACUCAGGAACCCCAAGCAGUUGUAUGGUCUGAUAGUUGUCUUCAGACAAGUAACUUCUGCCAGAAUUUUACUCAAAAUACUUUAGACUUCCUUGAUGCUUGUGAGGGGCUUUUACAAAGAAACACAGCACUGGAGGUGUUCAAUACAGAGGACAUAGCUGCAACAAUAACAAUGACAGGCAGACAAGGAAAUAUUUUAGAAAAAAAUGAAACUGAAAAACAAGCAGGUUCUAGCAAUUUAACUGAACGCUGUAUCCUAGACUGCUUGUCCCACGAAAACUUGAAUCAGGAAAGCAAAGUUACUGGAUGUGAAGUGACUGGAGGGGAAGAACAAACUACCAUGACGAACACUGAGGGGGUGCUUGUUACCAGGCAAGAGGAUAUAUGCACAGAUGAAAAUGUUUUAUUUACUGAAGAGAUCCUAGCUGCACAUCAGAUAUGUUGUGACGGGGAUGAUGAUACGGGAAUUUUAAAUCAAUUUGAGAUCCCUGAAAAAUACCUGACAGCUUCAGGCCUAGAACAAAAUACUCUGUCAACAGAUGAUUCAGGGUUUGCACAGGAUUACCAUGACCAUACAGAAAUGAAUGAAGAUAGUGUUGAAAUGAGUGAAGGUAGUGGCUCAGUAGACUCUGUUAUGGAUAUAAAAAACACAGUGAUGAAAGACAUCAAGGUAGAUGACUGUUCAGUUGGUGACAGUACUGCAAUAGACCAAAGCAGAAUUGAAGGAGGACCUAAAAGUCUCUGUGUUAAAGAGGACAACCAUGUGUACAUGAGUCGUGCUAUGGAAUACGCUGAGGACAGCACUUCAGAAAAUACUUUUAGAAGUAGACCUGGUAUUUGUGAAUUGGAUCCAGGAAGCUCCAGAGUUGAGGAGAAACAAGAAGUGCAUUUGGUAAAUGAAGAGCAAGAAGUCCAAGCAGACAGCAAAGAGAAGAUGUUUUUUGAAGAUGCAGAGGAGGUAGAAGUGAUAGUUCUACAAAACCUGAAUGAACUGUUCCCAGGAAGCAAAGACAGCUGCCAACUCACAGAAGAAAACAUCAGAUUAAAUGAAAUCUUAAGAAACAGCCAGUGGAUGUCUACAAGCUUCUCUGGAAAUAAUGAAAACACCAGCAAGCCACAAAAUCCACCAGCAACACUAAAAUCUACAGAAAAAAAUCAAGAAGGUUCACUUAGAGACUCUCUGUGCCAGCCUCUAAAUCAUCUUUUAAACCUCGGACUGAGUGAGGAUUCCCGUCUUGCUCAAGAUGUUCCCACUGCAUUGACAGGACAGACAAACGCAGCUAACGGCAGUGCUGGGGCUGGAGCUGUUCUGCCGUGUUAUGAAGCACUGCUGGAGGAUGAGGUCUGUGUGGGUGCGUCUGCUAUAGUCGACAAAAAGGGCGUAGAUAAACAAUGUCCUGAUAAAAUACAAAAUAAAAGUGCUGCUUUCCCACAGACCGUGAUCAUGCUGGACAGACAGGAGAAAAGAUCCUUUAACAGUGCACCUGAUCCUGCUGCAUCUGAGCAGCCCCUCAGUGAGAAGGACAUCUCUUCUACCCCCUGCAGUAUGGGGUGUUAUGAGCCUGUAACUAUUGCACUUAAGCAAGAGUCAGAAGGUAAACUGUUUUGCUUGGAAAAAAUACAUUCUUCUGAAGAUAGGAUUCAGGGUGCUAACAGCUCUAAUGAAGAGCAUAGUGUGGAUUUAAUGGUGAACAAUCUGUCAAAAGACCAUUUAAAUUCUGUAGAAGAUAGAGCUCAAGAGAAGAAGGGUGCCCUUGUGUCUCAUUCACUGCUCUUGGAUAAUUCGAACUUGCUUUCUUCUUCAGAGAAAGAAAUGAUGGGAGAUAUGAGAAAAGAAAUAAAGCAUGCUUUGCUAGACAUCACUUCUCAGAGAACGUUUCACAGUGUUAAUGCAGCUCAGAAAGAGCUUCACUCAUGGAGUUUAUCACAAUGUGACGAGAAGGAGAAAUGUCUAAACACAAACUACACUGUAACAAACAGUAGUGAAGAUAGUGCAGGGUUUCCUGAUGUAUUUGGGUGUCAGAGUGAGCCUAAAGAGAUGCAGGAACAUGGGACUUCUGAAGAGGGCUGUGGAGACUGUCCAGAGAGCUCUGUUUCUGAGAAUACUUCAGCCCUUUCAGAAAGCCUGGACAAGUCCCCAGGGGAAGAUGCACAUUAUAGUGAAGAGCUUCUAAAUUAUAACAGGAAUUCUUAUGCUUCUGAAUGUUCUGCUGGUCGCCUGAAUAGCCCAGUUCCAUUUGCAGGUAUUUUAAUCAGCAGCAAGGGAGACAAAUGUAGAAAUGAUGGUGUUCUCAUUGAAAAAGCAAAGUACUUUGAAAAUGAAUCAACCAAUUUAAGUGUAUUUGUACCUCCUUUUGAUGUUUGCUCUCUGAAUCAAACAGAUGAUGAAAGGAAAAAUAAUUCAGCCAUUACAGAGGCCACAGUUGCUCAGAAUAAUAAACUCUCCAAAGAAGUUGUGAGAACAGGUCAAAAGGGGGAAGCAAUUAAAGAUUCCUCCCAGAACUGCGAGGAUGAAAGAGAAAAUAAAAUGCAUGAGUACCUGGAGGACUACACCUGUGCUUCUCAUGUGACUGUACCAGAAUCAGCCUUGCUUGCUUUUCAAAGCCUGGGGCAGAUUUGCAAUAAAGAAUCAAAGUCACUUCCAUCCUACUCUGCAGAAGAUCUUCCAAGUGAUGCUCUGUUUCAAAGCUCCAACAACAUUAAUGCUUUCGACACUGCAAGUUUACUGGAUGACUCAAAAUCUCUAAUAUUUAGGCAGCUUAAGGACUCAAUUCAAGGCAGUUGUUUGACGGAGCAAAUCUCCUCUAGUUCUGCAGACCUUCACGUUGUAAAAGAAAGAGAUUUUCCACCAGCAUUUCCAGAAGGUAGUUACCCAUCCGUAGCAGAUUUUUCAGAAUCUUCUUUAGCUGCAGAUAUGGUGCAUGGAGAAGCAGGCGCAUGCGAUGUUUCACACACAGAAACUUUGAGGCUUUCUCCGUUUGCUGCUUUGCAAGUGCAGGACACUCAGUCCGACAAGGCUGUCGUUUUUGAUCAGCCAGCACCUGCUUUGGGAAGUAUUUUACUUUCUCUUGCAAAAGAAAACCAGCAUUAUCCAGUAUCUGACACAGAAUCAUGUGGACAUUCUGCAGUAGAUGGGGAACCUGUACCUAGCAGUAAUUGUGAGCAAUUUGACAACAGAACAGCAGCUGAUCAGCACCUCUGGGGUAAAGUUCCACUACAGAAAUUUUGCAGAGAAAACCCAGAGAAGGCACUUGAUCAUGACAGUGAUGAUUCUCUUCUAAUACCGUCAUUACCUUUUUGGGAUACUGGAAGGGCAGUUUUUAUUAGAGAAGGACAAAUGAGAGAAGUACUUACCAGAAAUGAAGAAAAUCUGCAAUCAAAUACUGAGGUCGAACCUUCUGCAGAAAAGAGUAAACAAAGAGCAACAGUAAGUAGAGAACCUGUUGAAAUGCGAACUAUGGCACCUUCAAAUUCUCUGAAUGAAUUAAUAGGCCCACAAAUUGCAGUGCUGCAAAAUCUGUAUCCAGGAAAUGUUAUUGUGGAUCCUGAACACACAUGCAGUUCACCUGGUCCAACAUGUCCCACGUACAGCAGCAGCGUUGAUCCUAGAGGACUGUAUCAAACUGCCUCUGGUUUCGACAAAAAGCCUGUAGAUCUGCAAGGCAGUUGUCAGUUUGUACCUACAGGUGAUAAGCUGAGAAGACUAAGUGCAGAUGGUAGAAAAGAGAUUAUACUUUGCAAAAAUAGUACAGGUUCAGGGGUUGAUAGCCCUGCUGAUGACGCAGAUAGUUGUCAAAGAAUGGGAGAUGCUAUAGUGAAGAAUAACACUCUGAAAUCAGAAAGACUGAAGUUUUCUGUAACGAAUAAUCAAAGUACCUCCUUAAAGUUUUUACCAGAAAACCAAGAAUCCCAAUUAGUGCAAUUCAGGAGCAAACGAUCAUAUUUUACUGCACAGAAUACAAAGAGCUCUAAACAAAGUGAACAGCGACGUUGUUUACAAAGUCAUAGACUCUCAGCUCCAGCUAUUGCUGUGAUCUCUGAUGGGGAAAAUACUUUGGAAGCUUCAUCUAGAGCAGAUCUUUCAUCGUAUCCCACAUCUAGAUCACUACAAGAUUUAAAUAUGAGUGUAGAGCCUCCAUCGCCAACUGAAGAUGAUCUUCAUGGAAUUGAAAGAUAUUCAAAGCAAGAAUCAAAGAAUUUUCUAGAGGUUAAAUUUAAAUCCAGAUUUCAGCAGAGAAUGAAGCAAACUAAGAAAUCUGUAAACUACAAUCCAAAAAGUUUGCAAAGUUUUGUGGAGAGAACUCAAAGCAGCCAGUCUUUAAAAGACUGCACUGUUCCUUCUCCUUCAUCUUUACUGCCUGUAGCUCAGCAUUCUGCAGGUACAGGAGCAAAUAUCCCUUCAAAGAGUAGUUCUGUAGCUCAGUGCAGUGAAGGGAGAGCUGAAGAAACUGGAUACCAGUCAGAAGCGACAGAUUUGUUUUUACAAGACAGUAAGGAUGUGAUGCAUUUUAGUUCAAGUGAUAUCAAUCCAUAUGUUCAUCCCUGGCAACAAGAUGGACUGUGUAAGAUUGGUUGGAAACAGUAUGUUUUUGGAAGUGCAAGUGAUGUCUCUUGCAAUCAAAAUCCCUUAAGCCAGGAUAAUCGUAAAGUUAUGAGAUGUUCCAGUGUGGACAAUGGAUUGAAUUCUCAAAAUUCUCCUUUCCGUUCUCAUCUCAGUUCAUAUGCGACAGCAAAAGUUCUAUCAAGCACUUUAAGCAGCACUGAUGAUCUUCAAGGAUGGGACGAUAUCAGAAGGGGCAUUGAAUCUGCAAACCCAGGUGACGGUACCAAGCAGUACAGCAAUGUAUCUAGUGAAAUACUAGAAGACAAUCUGGAAAAUAAUGUUACGGAUUUUGCUAAUGCUUCUGCACAGCCUGGUAACUCUUCAGUGCAGGUUGAUGAAAUCAUGCUGCUAUAUCCUUCUGAGUCAGAUAGGUCUUCCAAAAAAACACCAGGAAUUAUGUGUGAGCAGGGGACACAAACAGCAGCUACAGGAAGGUACAGGAGACAGAGGAGGCAUCAGAGAAGCUUUACAGAUGUUUCUGCAAGAAAGCAGGAAACCAGCAAAGAUUCAUUUCAGCAACUGUCAUCUUGGGCAAGCAUGCAGAACUUGUCCAUGCAUCUUUCACAGCUUCUUCAGAACACUUCUGAGCUCUUGGGAAACCUCUCCCAGCAAAAUAUCAUUGAUAACGACCAGAACGCUAAAAUCAAGCCAAAGGGAAGGGAGGAAACCAUAAAGGUUUCUAGAUCAGAUAGCUGCACUCAAACUACAGCAGAUAUAGGCAUUCAAACUGAGAUUUCAGAACCUCAAAGCAAACAGGAAGACAAACUAGUACAGGCAAAAAUGGAAAAUGAAUUGAGGACAACUCGGGCAGGAAUCAUUGAUUUGAAAGGGAUUGGUGCGGAUGCAGUAAGGAGAAUUCCUCAAAACAAAGAGGGAAUGCUCUCUCUCAGAGACAGAACACCAGAAAGAGCUGAGAUGAGAACUCUGAGCACUCCUGAUUUCCAUGGCAGUCUUGACAGCCUUCUGGAAGAUUCCUUUAUGCGUCUGCCCCUCUUAACCAGAACCUCCACUCCCAUCUCAGGCUUUCAAAGAGCACUGAAUGCGCAGCAGAACGUUGCUUUCGCCAGCACCAGAGUGUCAACCACUGCAUCCUCUUUGCUAAGUUCGGGGCAGGAUGACUCUUCGUGCACUGCAGUUAGCAGCCCUACUAUCAGCAGCUUGCAGUCUCCAGCAUCCUGCACUCCGGAUAAACCAACUGCUGAUGAGCUGGAGGUUCCAGCAGAAAGAAAACUCUGUCGCAAAACCACGUUGUUAGUUGACAGGGCCUCUUCCCCUAUCCUUACGCUUAGUGCUAGUCCCAACAGUCACGUAGCUUUUAGCAAGUCUGUCUGCUCUGCUAAGGGGCCUUCGAGCCCCCUUCACAGCCAGAGAAAGCCGAGCGCGGGAGCGCGGGGGAACACGGAGCCACAGGUGGACAACUUCUCCCAGACGGAAACAGACAGCGAGUCAAGUGCCUCCAGAGACAGCCAGGACACCAGGCAGACGUCUGGCAGUUUCUCGGAUAAGAUCGAAGCCAAAGAGCUCUUAAGAAGAGGUGGCUCAAAGGACUUGAAACAAAAGCACAGGCUCACGGUUGAUACCCACACUACAAUUUGUGCUAAGCGACUUUAUCACUCCAGCAGUACAUUAGAGCUCUCUGGCCACAGGGAAUUUUUAACAAAUGAUCUUGGAGACCACAGUCCACUGGAACGUUCCCUUCAUUGUAUGUACGUCACAAGGAGAGGAAAAGGCUCCUUAGGAGGAAUCAGGCAAGAGAAAUACGUGGGUAAUUCUGACAGUGCUUUGGUUCAUAAUUACUCACCUCCAAAUUCUGACUUACUUUUUAAACGGGAAAUUAGAGCCACUUGUUCAAAUAAGACAAAUGCCGGCGAAUCUCCAGAACCUCAGGUAGAAGCAUCUUCUCUUCAACUGCGUGAUUUCUUUUGGAAAAACGAAAAUAGCUGUCUGGUCCCCGUCUCUGACGUGAGUGACGUGCAGACCUCCUUGCAAGGUGACCAUGCAGAUUGCUUCUCUGAAUGUGACACUGAAAUCCUUCUGCGCAAAAACCCAACCUUUGCAAAGCCUCACAGGCCUCGGAGCUACAGUCUUCGUGACUUACCUGUACACAACAAAUUUAGCAACUGGUGCGGCGUUAAGGGCAGCCCUCCUCCUUCGUUACUCAGCUUGAGCGGCAGCGCGGCCGACGUGCGAAGCCAGGCAGAGGGGGCUUCUCUGAAUGUGACACUGAAAUCCUUCUGCGCAAAAACCCAACCUUUGCAAAGCCUCACAGGCCUCGGAGCUACAGUCUUCGUGACUUACCUCUUGAGCGGCAGCGCGGCCGACGUGCGAAGCCAGGCAGAGGGGACGGAGCUGGCCGAGGCCAGGCUCAACUACGGCCUGGGCGAGACGGACGCGCUGCUGCGAGCUCUGGGGGACGGCGCCACCAUGCCGGGCCUGGCGGCGGCCACCGUGAGGCAGCAGCUCUAUGAGCGACACAUGAGAACUAUUGAAACUCUGAGGAAGGAAAGAGAAAAAAGGCUGCAAAGGUACCGAAGAAGCCGAAGUUUGAGUCCUCAAAAGCACCUGAGUCUGUUGCAGAUGCUGGAUGCAAGUCAGAGGGAUUUAGAUCUUCCCAGCAGACGGCGAGAAUAUCUGCAACAGCUGAGAAGAAACGUGGUGGAAAAUACUAGAGUUCAAGAACCAAAAAGAAGUGUUCAGCACCCUUCAGAGAUUGAGCUAUUGCUCCGAGACUAUCAGCGGGCACGAGAGGAGGCCAAGACUGAAAUUGCACGAGCCAGGGACAAGCUGCGCGAGCGAGCUGAACAAGAAAAGAGGCGCAUCCGGGAGCAAAUAUUUUCUCAGGUGCAGAAGGAAGAAGCCAGGUUGAAGACUCUUGCGAGUACAAGCACUUUAUGUACAGACUCCAGCCUCAGCCUCUCCUCUGGCCCAACAUCUGGCUACAACAGCAGUAACACAGCUACGUACACUGCAAGCAGACUCUGCGGCCGCGACGGACAGGUUUCUUCUGGAAAUGCAGAGCUUUCAAGAGGAGAUGCCAGAGGUCGCUCAGCUGUUAGAAACAGUCAACUUCGUGGCUCAGAAGAACUACAGAAGGAGUCAGCAUUUGAAGCCAGCAGAGUUCAGCCACCCCUUAUCUCCGGUAGCAUCAGCUGUAGAUUCACUCAUGGACUAACUAUUUCAGUCAGCUCCUCAUCAACAAAAGGAUACCAGGAUUUAUCUAAGCAUAUCUUGGCCAAUGCUACCACUGAGGUAAUGGCAGCCUGCUCCCAGAACCUGAGGAAUUUCUAUACAUGCCAGGCAGCAGCUGGGUGGAAAUACCAGUGUACUGAAAAAGAGGUGCUGAUUUACUACAAAGCCUUCUCUUCCACAACAAAGCAUGGGUUUCUGGGAGCAGGGGUGAUAGAGAGGUCUCUUCCAAGCGUGUGGGGACUGGUGAGAGAUCCCAGCAAACGGCACCUGUAUGACAGAACUAUCAGCACAGCUCAAAUACACAAGCAGAUAACCAGCCACAUUCAGCUGGUAUAUUUAGUGACUGACACCUCCCUGUGCUACCUAAAGCAACCCCGAGAUUUCUGCUGCAUUACUGUAGAAGCCAAAGAGGAGAACUUAUCUGUCUUGGCAAUCCAGUCUGUCUACGAUGCCUCCAUGCCUCAGCCCUGCAAGGAAGUGGUGAGAGGGGAGGUUUUGCCAAGUGCCUGGAUCCUGGAACCUGAUGUAGUGAAUGGAAAAGAGGUCACCAGAGUCAUUUACAUGACACAGGUGGAUCUUGGUGCCCCAGCGAUUCCUGCGAGGCUCCUGAGCUCCAUUGCUAGGCGGCAGCCUUUGGUGGUUGCUCGACUAGCACACUUCCUUUCUAGUUAGGAUGUGCCACAAAGCUGGAUAGUUGCAGCAGAUGGAAGUCUG